GCUGGGCCUCGCUGUUCCGGGCUGUGCCGUGCGCGGCCAUGGCGGUGCUGCUGGAGACCACGGUGGGCGACCUGGUCAUCGACCUGUACACGGAGGAGCGGCCCCGCGCUUGUCUGAAUUUCCUGAAGCUCUGCAAAGUCAAAUACUACAAUUAUUGUCUUAUUUAUAAUGUACAGAGGGAUUUUAUUAUACAAACUGGCGACCCCAUGGGAACUGGUCGUGGAGGGGAAUCCAUAUUUUGUCAACUGUAUGGUGAUCAAGCCAGAUUUUUUGAGGCAGAAAAGGUGCCGAGAAUCAAGCACAAGAAGAAGGGAACUGUGUCCAUGGUGAACAAUGGCAGUGAUCAGCAUGGAUCACAGUUCCUCAUUACCACAGGGGAAAACCUGGAUUACCUUGAUGGUGUGCAUACAGUAUUUGGAGAAGUGACAGAAGGCAUGGAUGUGUUGAAGACAAUUAAUGAAACCUUUGUAGAUAAGGAUUUUAUCCCAUAUCAAGAUAUCAGGAUAAAUCAUACAGUAAUUUUAGAUGAUCCCUUUGAUGACCCACCUGGGCUGUGUGUUCCUGAUCGCUCACCAGAACCUACAAAGGAGCAGCUCGAUAGUGGCAGAAUAGGAGCAGAUGAAGAAAUUGAUGACAUGAAAGGACGGACUGCAGAUGAAAUAGAAGAAUUUCAGGCAGAAAAAGAAGCAAAAACUCGUGCAAUUCUUUUGGAAAUGGUGGGAGACUUGCCAGAUGCAGACAUCAAGCCGCCAGAAAAUGUGCUUUUUGUUUGUAAACUGAAUCCUGUGACCACAGGUGAAGAUCUGGAGAUAAUAUUUUCACGAUUUGGACCCAUUAAAAGUUGUGAAGUGAUCCGAGACUGGAAGACUGGUGAAUCUCUUUGUUAUGCAUUCAUUGAGUUUGAAAAGGAGGAAGACUGUGAGAAAGCCUACUUCAAAAUGGACAAUGUGCUGAUUGAUGACAGACGGAUACAUGUGGAUUUUAGCCAGUCUGUUGCAAAGAUUAAAUGGAAGGGAAAAGGUGGGCGGUAUACCAAAGAAGAUUUCAAGGACUAUGAGAAGGACCGUGACAAACCUUCAAAAUUUGCCCUGAAAGAAAAGGUUAAACCAAAGCAAGAUGCCAAGUAUGACCUUGUGCUGGAUGAGGAUGUGGAAGAGUCUCACACAAGUCAGUCACACUUGGCUAAAAAACAGAAAAAGAAAAAGCACCACCACUCUGAAGAUGAAGAUGAUGACAAGAGGACAAAAAAAUCUAAGGACUCUGAGAGGAAGCACGAAGAGCGCUGCAGGGAGAGGACCAAGGGUGAGAAGAGGGACAGGCGCCGGAGCCGCAGCCGCUCUCAGGACAGAGAUUACAGCAGGCACAAAGACAAAUACAGAGAAGACAGCCGAGCGAGAGACUGGGAUAAAAAAGCAGACAGAAGUAGAAGUCCUAAGAAAUCAAAAGACAAAGAGAGGUCCAAGUACAGAUGAAGGACAAGGAAAAUACAGAGGGGAACUAAAAUAAUAAAUUUAACUUUUUUCUUUUGUGUUUUUUCUGUACUAUUUACUGUAGUGUCUGACUGCAAUAUGCAGGAAGAUUUUGCAGCUUGAUACCUGUCAUUGGAACAUGAUCUGCUAAUUCUAAAAUUCAAGAUGAAUCACUGCAAAUUGUUCUGCCCUGGAGUGCCUGUGCCUGGAUAGGGUAUUUCAAUGGACUGUGAAGAAAGAGAACUUCUUACUGAUUCUCUGGGAAGGCUGAUAGUUAAGGAACAUAAUCAGCUGAAACUAUCCCGUGGCAGAAAAUUCUGACUAGGCAGGCCAGAGGGGAUGGCUGUAAUCUCCAGACCUAAGCUGAGCAGGGGUACUGAGGGUAUUUAAUGCAGGAAUGUGCUUUCCAGCAGCAUCUGCCCUAUCUUUGGUUUGGUAAAAACAAAGCUGGAGUCCAACAUCCUUGGUGCUUGUGGUAAUUAGAAAACAGAACAAAAAACCCCACCUUCCUGUAAUGUUGAAAAUAACAUAGAAAAUGCUGUAGCAGAAGCAUCAGCUUCUUCACUUUGACGUAGCUGAGGCCUGUUUGAAGGGGAAUGCCUUGUGCUUUGAGGCUCUUUGUUCCUUAGUUGAAGGCUUAGAAACCAGCUCCUCAGAGAUUUCUGUUGGAUUCCUUUACUUGAAACAGCUUAAAAAUGUAUGUAGACUCAAUUGUUUUAUUCUAUGGAUUUGAGUAAGUUUGAGACCUAUUUUGAUGUCACACAGUAUAGUUCCUUUAGUUCUUUGUAGUCUUGAGCUUGAGUCCAAGACUUAAAGUGGGCUUGACCAAAUACAGAAAGUGUACUUGGCUAAGAAGCUGCCUUUUGAUGAAUCUCUUACUUUUGUGUCCUUCAAAGCAUAAAACUAGAAAUCCAGGGCUUCCACAGCUGUCUCCUGGCACGACAUUUGUAACUGCCUGAGACCCUCCAGAGGCCGGCGCUGUCCUUGCAGAGUCUGAGUGAGAGCCCUCUGUCCCAGAGGAGAGGUAAAAGGGAAGCCUGUCCCUGGAAGUGUCCUGGGGAAUCUGGGGCUGAGGACUGCUCACUGUUCCUGUCAAGACAAUUUCUGCCUUCUGUCUGGGCAUAACAAGACUCCAAGGAACUGUACCAGGACAGGUGAUGGUGCCUGUGGAGUAGUACUGUGGAGGCAGUAGGUUGUCUCAAGCUCCUCCUGCUCUUGGCCUGCUCUGUUAAAGAAACAAGGAUUGAUUGUGGUGUCAUACCGUUGUUGUGCUGUCAUACUGUGCUGUCAGUCCUGCUGUCCUUCUCCACACAACAUUUUUAACCUGGGAGAAGCACUGGCCAGAUUUGACAGGGAUGUGGACUUAGUGAGGCAAUUGUGUUCUUGCUUUCUUUAGGAAAUGGCAGUUCUAGGAACAAGCUAAAGCUUCCAGCUGGAGGGAAUGCUGGAUUCUUGUUGAACAUCACAGGUCCUCUUGUUUGAGAGCUGUGGCUUAACAUCACAAAGAGUUUCAGCAGCCAUUCUAGGCUUCAGCUAGCCCUCAACCACCUGUGGGACAUACAGAACUUAGCAAUGUUUAGAAACAAACACCCUAUUUCAGGUGAAUGUGCUCACUUUUCUGCAGCAGAAAUGGCUUUUCUUUGCAGCAGGUAAAUGCUUAAGAACUGAAAGUUUAAAUGAGUAUUAUAUGGAAGUAAAUAGUUCAUUUUCAUUGUUGGCCAAAAAGUCUUCAGAACUAAGGAUUAAAAAAUCAGUUCAUCCACAAGGUUUCAAGCUUCUGAUUUUCAAUAUGCCUUGAUGCUGUUAAAAAUGCACAGUAUUUUCAGAUUAGUAAAUUCACCUGUUUAUAUUUUUUUAGGAGGAAGCUUUCAAAGGUGGUUGUUCAAAAAAUAAGGUGAUACUAAAUAUUAUAUUAAAAUUAUUAUAUAUUUUAAAAUAUUAUAUAUUUUAAAAAAUAGGUGAUUUAAAAAGUAUAGAUUAAAAGUAUAGAAGCUCCCAAUUUGGGAGCAAGUACUUAAUAUUAGGGCUGCAUUUCUAGGCUGGUCUGCUGACACUGGAGGAGGGGUCUCAGUUCACCUGGCACAUGGACAGCAAAGCACUUGGGUUAGAUGGGAUUUAUUCCUCCUUUGUUGGAAACUAUGGUUGUGUACAUGGGGUUCUUCUGGGAACAGCACAAAAAACAUUUCCUGCUGUGCCUGUCCAGCCAGAGGUGCUGGAGUGGACAGGACUUUAUUAUCUGGGAGCUGAAGAGUUGACUUGUUUUAAUCUAAUGAGAAGUCACUUCCCUGUCAUUUGAUUUUCAUCAAUGCUUUCUCCAGCCUCAGUUUCACUAUUGACCUUCGGUGCUUGUGGUAGUUGAGAAACAGAACCAAAAACCCACCUUCUUCUGUAAUGUUGAAAAUAGCAUUGAAAGUGUAGCAGAAGCAUCAACUUCUUCACUUUGCCUUAGCUGAUGUUUGUUUGAAGGGGAACACCUCAUGCUUUAGAGCUCUUUGUUCACUGGUUAAAGGCUUAACAACCAGUUCCUCAGAGUUUUCUAUUGGAUUCCUUUACCUACAACAGCUUAAAAAUGUGAUAUAGAUUAAACUGUUUUGUUCUGCGGAUUUGAGUAAAUUUGUGACUAUUUUGCUGUCACAUGUUGUAGUUUCUUAGUUCUUGGUAGAUCCCUUGAGUUUGAGACCAAGACUUGGAGUUGACUUGGCCAAAACCAUGUCAUGAAUAGGAACUGGUGGCAGAGCACUAAAGGCAAGUGGGAGGAGGGAAGGUUGCAACAGAGAUCUCAUGGACAUCACACAAGUCAGUGGAAGUAGCACAAAUGUUGUAUCCCAGUGGUUGGCAUUGCAGGAUGGGAGUUACCCAAACCUGGUCCUGGUACCCCUGUACUCUCUGCACAUAAAGCUCUGCCUGCUUCCUUCCACUUGUCAAAACCACACCCAACCCUAACAACCACACAAGCAAACCAAACCAAAUUCUCCCCUACUUCUCUCAUCUAUUAGUUUUUUGGACAUGCAUUUUAAAAUUUCCAAAAAGUUUAGAACAAUUUCUGAUUCUGUUGCUGCUGUUGUCUUUGUCCACCUCAUCCUGCUGUAGCCUGAUUUUUUUCAUGUAAAACUUGUAUGCUGUUUGCAACAGGAUUACAGGUUUUGCUUGUGAUCUUCCUGGAGCAUGGGUAAUGUCUCUCCUUUUCUGUCAGUCACCUGUUGCACACAGAGGAGGUGCAAGCAAUUUGAAAAAUGUUAAAUUACUGUCAGAUUUAUGUAAAUAUCUGCUUCAGAGUGGUGUUUUUGUGUAAAAUGCUUGGUCUGGCCACUGAUGGAAUGUGCUUUUUCUCAGUGAGCAAGCCACUAUCACCUUGGUUAAAUGUGGCAGCUGUGUCAAAAGGCACCAGCAAACUGUGUGUUGGUGUAGGUCUUACGAGCUUACAAUAAAUCAUUGAAGCUGAAAGGCAGUUUCAAGAGCCUUCUGAAAUCUUAACCUGAACGGCAGUAAAGUUUUGAACUUGAAACUUC